GCCUUAUGAGCGCUCAUUGGUUGGAGGGCGGGGCCUGGCUGGAGAGCCGCCAAAUUGGGCAUCUUUCGGUGAACGCAGAGCCGACUGUGUAGAGCGAAGUGAAGCUGGCGAAACUGGGACUGAUGAUGUGGCGACCGUCACUUCUGCUGCUGAUGUUGCUGCUCAGGCGCGGGGCCCAGGGCAAGCCAUCCCCUGACGCAGGCCCUCAUGGCCAGGGGAGGGUGCACCAGGCGGCGCCCCUGAGCGAGGCCCCUCAUGAUGACGCCCACGGGAACUUCCAAUACGACCAUGAGGCUUUCCUGGGACGGGAAGUGGCCAAGGAAUUCGACCAGCUCAGCCCAGAGGAAAGCCGAGCGCGUCUGGGGCGCAUCGUGGACCGCAUGGACCGUGCAGGGGAUGGGGACGGCUGGGUGUCGCUGGCCGAGCUCCGUGCUUGGAUCGCGCACACGCAGCAGCGGCACAUACGGGACUCGGUGAGCGCGGCCUGGAACACGUACGACACGGACCGCGACGGGCGUGUGGGUUGGGAGGAGCUGCGCAACGCCACCUAUGGCCACUACGCGCCGGGUGAAGAAUUUCACGAUGUGGAGGACGCCGAGACCUACAAGAAGAUGCUGGCUCGGGAUGAGCGGCGUUUCCGGGUGGCGGACCAGGAUGGGGACUCGAUGGCCACUCGGGAGGAGCUGACAGCCUUCUUGCACCCCGAAGAGUUCCCUCACAUGCGGGACAUCGUGAUUGCCGAAACCCUGGAGGAUCUGGACAAGAACAAAGAUGGCUAUGUCCAAGUGGAUGAGUACAUCGCGGAUCUGUACUCUGCCGAGCCCGGGGAGGAGGAGCCGGCCUGGGUGCAGACGGAGCGGGAGCAGUUCCGGGACUUCCGCGAUCUGAACAAGGACGGGCGGCUGGACGGCAGUGAGGUGGGCCACUGGGUGCUGCCCCCCGCCCAGGACCAGCCGCUGGUGGAAGCCAACCACCUGCUCCACGAGAGCGACACGGACAAGGAUGGGCGUUUGAGCAAGGCCGAGAUCCUGAGUAACUGGAACAUGUUCGUGGGUAGCCAGGCCACCAACUACGGCGAGGACCUGACCCGUCACCACGACGAACUCUGAGCCCCCCGUGUGCCCACUACAGCCUGUCGCCCCAGGGGAUGACCCGAGGAGGGCCGCCCCCAUGGUCAGGCCCCUCUCCCCAUCUGGACCUGCAGGGUGUGGACGCCCGCACCCCGUGUCCCUCUGACCCUGAGCUCUCAGGGACCCACCAGGUCAACUUCUCCAAGACACUGCAGUCCCUUCCAGCCCUUCCCACCCUGGCCCCGGGGGGUCUCACAGACCCAAAGGGUAUGUGAACAAUCCAUUUCUCACUGGCAGAAUCGUCCAGCCCAGACCAGGGCCCCCCAUACCAAGCUCGCCUCCACGAGCCUCCACUGACCACCCCAGUGCCCAACCUGAGCCGCACACCACACAGCAGAGAAAUACCCCGCCACCAGCCCCUGACUCGCCCGCCCGCGGGCACUGCCCCCAGAAUGCCUCAUCUCUGCCAGGGUGGCAGUAAAUUUCAGUGCUGGGGCCUUGCCUAUGUGUCUCUUAGGGGGUGACAGGGGCCUGGGGGAGGAAUUGGGGGCUGUGGCUGGGCUUGGAUCAGGCAUUUGGAGAAGGGGCUCUCUCUGGGUGUUGGCAGGCUUUGAGGGCAUUCCUGGAGGCAGAAAAUAAAACUAGCAGCCUGGACCCAGCCGUGAACAAGCCAGAGAGAAGGCUCUGUCUGCCGUCUGGAUAGCAAAGGAUGGCAAUGCUCUGCUGAGUGGCCGGGAGGGGCCGCACUGGUGAACAGAGGAGGAAGUCAGCCCUGGGGAGCCCUGGUGGGAGAGCCAGCAGGGGGGCGGAAAGAGAAGGGGCCCUGAACCCAGAGUGUGUCCCGGGGGUGUGUGUGUGUGUGUGUGUGUGUGUGUGUGUGUGUGUGUGUGUGUGUGUGUGUGUGUGUGUGUGUGUGUGUG